UCUCUGCGCGCCCGCGCGAGGGGGCCAACAGAAAAUGGCGAGUCUGUGUAAAAGCCAGCAAUGCUCCAUAGAAAGGCGCGGUUUUAGACAAGAACUUGACUCGUGGAGAUACAAGCUCAUUCACUGUGUAGGUUUUGAGAGUAUAUUAGAAGGACUAUUUGGACCUGGCCUGUUAAAAGAUCUCCACUUAUUUAAAGACUGUGAACCUACAGGUGUUUGUGAUUGGUCCUUUGAUGAAAAUUGUCUCUUCUGCUGCUUGAGGAGAGAAAAAGUCAAGGUAGAUGCUGUUUAA